AACAGACCUGGACACAGGGCCCCUCUCUCUCCCACAAGCAAGGGCACUGGAGUUUUGAAGGUAUGCCAUGCCAGUGUCGGAUCAACACUGAAGUGUUUCGAAAGCACAACUAACGACUAAAGAUGUCAUAAGCCUUUGGAGCUCAACUGCAAUGGAUGACUUAGACCACAGUGUGCUGAUAGCAGAGCAGGAUUGGGACUGUUUCUGUACAGAGAGUGAGGAAUGCUCUGUUCAGCAGGCCAAGCUUGCAGCCUUAGAUGAGUCCGGCUUCAGUGACAUGGACGAUGAUAAAACCUCCGUUUACGUGUCAUCUCUUCCCACUAAGACCAGCUCUCACCAACAAUGUGAAAAAGAUAGUGUAGACGGACAAAAACAGCAUCGAAUAGGAGAAUGUAAAAUAGAACAUACAUCUGAGAAUUCAGAGUUUACUGAAUAUCCUAGUCCUAAAACAGAGCCACAGAAUGCCAGGUCUGCUGAGCAGAUGUCCGAUGCUAGAGAAAAUGAACCGGGGGCUACAUGUGAACGUCAAAACAAAGCUAAUGAAGACAACAACCUGACUGAGAAGUUAAAUUUAGAGAUAUUAAGAGGAAAUUACGAGGAUCAAGAGAAUGGUGAGAAUAAAUCAAGCCAAGCCACCACCGAGCCAGUCUCUGAAACGUCUUCAGCAGAUAUAAAGCGUGAAAAGAGUAAGGAUGGUAUAGAAAUGCUAACUGAGGAGACGGACACUUCACCAGUGGCCAAAAAAGAGAAGGAGCGUUGGUUUGUCACUGUAAAUGACAGCCCAGUCCGUCUGAGAGUAAAGGGUCCCACUUCAGUCCAAAAAAAAAGGAGGAAAAAAAAAACUUCUAAAACCCUGAACCAGAAUAGCAGAGUGAUGGAAAAGUGCUCUUCCUUACAUAACAAUACAGAGCCAGAUAAAGAAAUUAUUGACAGACAAACAAUGCAGGACAAAUUUGAACAAGAAAAUGUUUUUUCUGACUCACCAAAUGUACUUCAUAUCCAAGAUGCAAUAUGUAUUUCGCCCAUUAGAUCAUGUGAGAGUGAAUGGGAAAAACCAACCUGUGCCAUCAGUUUAAAAAAGGAAAGCAUGACAGAAAUUCCAGAAGCAAAAUUAGAAAGAAAUCCUGCCGACUCUCUAAAUUCAUUUUUAACUCCCAAACAGAUGCCACAGAAAAUAUUUAAAGAUCUCAUUGGCCCUUUGCCACAAUACUGGGAUCAUGAGAACACAGCAUGUGAUAAGUUUGACAAAUCCACAGUAGAUUUAAACUGUGAUUGUAGACAUACAACUAAUAAUUUAAGCCACUUUAAUAAUGACACAAAGGUGGAAAGUCCCAGAUUUAUUAUGGGUGCCUCUGAACCCACUGCUCCAUCAGAUACUGAAGGAGAAAGAACAGAACAGCAAGAGCCCUUGGGACAAUCAUUUAAUAGAGAAGAAUCGUCCCAAGAGAUACAAUCCUCCAGUAACAGUGCCAAGACAUCAGGUCCGACUCGACCUAUAUUUGCCAUUUCCUCCUUUUGGGAUGAAAUGGAAAAACUAACAAUAAAUGAUAUUUUGCAACUUAGAAUAGCCAAUAACAAGUCUCUACUGACAGAAAGCAUUGUUCCAGAGGAAAUAACCCAUGUGGACACUGUCGACACUCAUCUUGAUAGGGGUGAGGUGGAAUCUAAAGAGGAUAGUUUAGAAGAUGGCCUUGCAGACGAUGCAGCAGAUUCUGACUAUUUCACACAUUUGGAUGACUCUAAACCAGACAGAUCGAGCUGUGAAUUUUCAACUUACUCUGAUUUUGAUGAAGAGUUUCUACAACUUCUUCACGCAAGUGCAAACCCUAGUCCAGAACCCCUUGAAGGCAAAGAGCAAACCCAAAGGUUUCUUGAACCUACAUGCCCCAUGGAUUUAGAAGAAACUUGGCGAAGUGAAUCAAACGAGAUCGUAAAGCUGUGUACUAAGAGUGAUUCCCCACUGUAUUCAGAGUCAGAAGCAGAGAUGCAGGACAUAUUUCUAACAACAAAAGAAGACAACAACAUGAGUACCUUUCUACUGGACCACUAUAGCAUGAGAAGACCAACACCUUCUCCAGUUUUAUCGAUUUCUGAUUUUCUUGACGAUCAGUGUCUGCCGUCUUUCUUCGAAAUGUUGAAGUGUGACACAGAAUCAGAACAACUCAAGGCUUGGAUCCCAGAUAGAAACACUUCGCUUUGUUUUUCACAGACCGUAUCUGUGGCUGAGACUUAUGAUGACUUCUUCUCAGACUUUGAGGUUGGGAAUCUUCUUUUUCCUUCAGUGCAAGGUUCAACAAAAAGUGACAAAACGUUGGUUCCUAUCUAUUCCUCUUCUCAUUCAGUGGUAAAAGACCUAGAAUUUCCAGAGGUAGAAAAAGAGUUACAGUUGGAUAGUGAAGAUGAGAUUCCCGCAAUCCGGUUUAUGAGAUGUGCAAGCCCCUCUGAAACAUCAAAUAUGUGCUUUAUCACUAGCCAGAGAAGUACCUGGAGAAACCUUUCUCUGAGACACACUAAACUUUUAAUGGGAAGGACAUGGUGUAGGAUGGCCACUUCUUGGGCUUUUCCCAAAACAGCUGACACAGUCUAUGGUAAUGGGACGAGAACAACAUCAAGUUCCUCUAUGGCUCAGUCAAAGCUUCCAGUGGUUCUCCUAGAAAACCAGGCCCUUGGAAAAUUCACAGAACAUCAGAUACAUGUUGGGGCAACAGUCGCAGACACAGAUAGAGAUCGCUUUCCUUUUUCAUUAAAGCAAGCAGACAUGUGCCUUGUUUGCAUUGCUUUUGCAUCUUGGGUACUGAAGUCAAGCGACCCACAAUCUACAGACAUGUGGAAAGCAGCUCUUCUGGCAAAUGUGAGCGCGAUAUCUGCCAUCCAGUACUUGCGGCGAUACAUAAAAGAAGGAUGAACCAUAAAAAUCUAGUAUUAUUAGAGCUUUCUGAGGAUUUCUCACAAGGGGCCAGUGUACAGGAAAGAGUUAAUUUUACACAAAUUCACACCAAACACUUUAGUAAAUACACAUAUUAGGUUGUAUUCCAUAUUUCCUAACAGUCUAAUAUUUGAAUGUUCAAUAUAUUCAUGUUACAAAAUAGGUGUUCAAUCAAUAAAUAACUUAUCAAAGGACAAUUUUGUUAAAGAAAAGGAUACAAAGCAAAGGAGGAAACAUUAGUUUUUCCCAUACAAACAGUUGUUCAGUUAGAAGACAUAUAUUGCUUUAGAUAUUAUGUUGAUAUGGACCAGAAGUGACAACUGGUAAGUUUUGUGUCAGUUAUAUUCAGGACUCAAGCUGUGCUAUACAUAUUUAUGUAACUCACAAUUAAACUAUUUUGCAGUGUACAUAUAUAUAUAUAUA